GGUAACACAUAACAUUGGCUUUCCCUCAAAUCAUGCUAACAAGGGUUUUUCUUGAACGCUAAAGACUUUUAGUUUGCAGUUUUUAAAUGUAUUUAUUUGUUGAACUGUAAUUGUAGCCAGGCUGUUUUAUUUGUAGGAUUAAUAAAACAAAUAAUUCUAGACAAUAAGAGUCUAAUUUACCGCCCAAGCAGAGUUAGCAUCAUUAGCCACCGGUUGCUACAAGAUCCAGAAGGAUUAAAUACAAAAGCUAGAGGUGACAUUCAGUGUCAGGGAUGUUAAACGGUGAUUUAAAAGGACGACCGCUUUAGGAAUUGUUGAACAUGUCCUCCGAGGAGGAUUCUUCUCAGGCCUCCUCUUCUUCCGUUUCCCCCCCUACAUCGUCCUUCUCAUCACCUCCCCCUGUGUCCCACUUCAUCGGGAGGAAGGAGGACAUCGUCAGAGCUGGGCGUGUGACCCAGCUGGUGAACGGGUGCAGAGAUGUACUGGUGUUGCACCACCAGGGUCAGCUUUAUGCAAUGGACAAACACUGCUACCAUGCAGGAGGUGCCCUACAGAAUGGAGACAUUGAGGAGUUUAACGGGCUGCUGUGUAUCGUGUGUCCAUGGCACAAGUACAAGAUCACACUGGCAGAGGGGGAAGGACUUUACCAAGCUGUGGACAAUCCGACGGCUAGACCCCUGAGAACACACUGGCGCUCAAAAGGUGUCAAACAGAGGAUUCACAAGGUCGCCGAGGUCAACGGGGAUGUGUAUGUAACACUGAAUGACUCGGGCGAGGCCAUCGAGUCAGACGUCUACCAAACGGAGAAAUACAGGACUAUGUUCCAGGCGGUCCAACCAAAACCAAAACCCAGGAAAUAGACGGACCCUCGCUUAUGCUUCUGGAUUAUUUCAGGGACAUUUUUGCAUGUUUUGUAUUGUAAGAUGGUAAAUGGACUUGAGCUUGAGUAGUGCUUUUCUAGUCCUUUGUCUACUCAAAGUGCUUUUACA